AACAGCAAUUAGUUCCGCCGCAAUGGAAUACCUCCCCGCUUUGCAACACGGCAUAGAUGACCUAAAACCCUCCCUUUUCGAGCUGCUCUCCGAACAGCAGUUGGCUGCCCUUCUUCCACCGUCGCUCCGCUACCUCCUCGCCGUCUCCACACAUCGAUACCCACGCUACCUGCUGCCUAUACUGAACUCAUUCGAUGAGGCCUACGCGCUGCUCAUGCUCUUAGUCGAGCGCCACUUCCUCACCACAUACGGCGGCUCCUUUACAGAGAACUUCUAUGGCCUGAAGCGCGCUCGAGUGCUGCGCGUCAAGGGGGGUGAAGUACCUCGUGCCCAACUAGGUGCGAGUGAGAGCGUUAGGCAGGCUGUCAAGUUGGGAAGGGGAGAUGUCUGGCGCAAUCUGGCUGUGCUUGUCGGUCUACCGUGGCUGAAGAGGAAACUGGACGAGAGCUACGAUAUUCAUGCCGCACAUUCCAAUAUAUUGGGCUCGACAUACAAUCGAAAUGCAGACACAUUGCGCCCCGGUGCUACGAUCAAGGAAAAGCUCAUGUUUUACUACAAAUGGUUUCUACGGCAUGUCUACCCCAGUGUGAAUGCUGCGUACUACUUCUCUUUACUCGUUUUCAACAUGGCCUAUCUGUUCGACGGCUCCAAAUACAGCUCGCCUUUCCUUUGGCUCAUAGGCACUCGGAUACGGAGAUUGGGGGAUGCGGACUACAAGGCCAUUGAAAUCGCAACACAGCCAGCAAAGACAGCCCCUGCGAGACCUGGAGAGGCGGGAUCCAUUUUCACCCCGAGGAACAUGGCUCGCAUAGUCAGGCCCAGACUCAUGAGCUCACUGCGGAUACUUUUGCCGACGAGCAUAUUUGCCCUCAAGUUCUUGGAGUGGUGGUAUGCUUCCGACUUUGCCCGCCAGCUGUCACGGAAAGCCGCCGAAAAUAUUGACCUGCCACCACCAGUGCUUCCCAGUUUGCCCAGCUCCAACAAGAAGAGUGUGGCCGAGCAGAGCACAGCUGGGGAGAAGGAUCAAACACGCCCGUCGCCUUCGAAGGAACAAUCAAAAACACCAGACCCUCCCAUAGCAUCGUCUACAUUGCUACCCAUCCUCACGGUGCCCAUCCCAUCCGAGUCCCAGCUGUGCCCCAUCUGCGUCACACGCAUCAUGACGCCCACUGCUUCGCCGACAGGUUUUGUAUACUGUUAUAAGUGCAUACAUCAGUGGGUAGAAGGUGCACACGAGCGGCAGGUGGCUUUUAUGGAAGGCGCGGCGGGGUUCAAGGACCAAGGUGGCGAGGAGGAAGAAGAAGAAGAAGGAUGGAGCAACGAAGAAAGCAGCCGAGAGGGUCGAUGGGAAAGUGGGAAAGGCAGAGACGCUGUCACGGGAAGGCGCAUGCUAGGCGGUACAGAGGCUCUAAGGCGUGUGGUUGUAUGA